GCUGAAACCAGUGCAAUUCACACUUUGGGAUGAGUUGGCGCUAACUAAGGGAGUUGAAAUCUUUGAGGAACUAACUGCAAAAAAGUAUCCUAUAGUGAGCCUAGAAGACAUUAAGGCUACCGACUUCAAAGGGAUAUCUUUGACUUCAAUGUCUCAUUCAACAAUCACUCUCAAUUCCGAUUUGCCUCGUGUUGCAGAAUUGGAGAAAUGGGCUAUUGACCACAAAUCCACCCUCGAUGCUGUGAAGGCUGGCCGCAAGUUCUUGGAUGCUGGCUUCCACCUAGCAAAUCCUGACAACGAAACAAUCACCCCAAUAGCUAAAGUCCCUGCUAUCAUUCCUCAAG